GCAUCCUAGUUACAUCCACUUUUAUGUGUUCUCCAAUAACUUUCAUCAUUUAUUUAUUUGAAGUGUUGUAUUUGUUUGUAAUGAAUGGAUACACAAUGUCCGGUUUAGACAUAAUUUUUAGGUUUUGAAGCGCAAACCAACUGCAAGAGUAGUGGGGUGGGUGGUCCUCCGGGGUUUCCAUGGUUACGCAGCAUUAGGCUCAGGAGCCUAAAAGAGCAGACAGCUCGCGCUAAAACGUGUUAGCAAAAAUAUUCUUCACAGUUUGUGAAGUAACAACUAGAAAGUAGUUGCAGUGUUAGAUCGACAAUGUGAUCACAUUGAGAAACCGUGCGUUUUUAUUGUAAGAAAAUUGUUGUCUGUAGUUAAUGUUUUAGUUUAACUUUAUAAAUUACGUGACCGCUGUCAAGCUAACGCUAAUCCCAAAUGUAGCAUGUUGGUGUAAACGUUUUUCUUUCAGCCCAGGGGUUGGUAAUACCCUACGAAAUCAUAAUAUUUAGAAAACCAGGUAUAAGAAAUUUCUCUGAAGAAGAGUGAAAUGGACAGGGCAGGCAUUUGCAGAAACAACCGUAACACAACAAAGACAGAUCUCAGUUUGCUGCUUGAGUGUGUGAAGUUUCAGAUGAAAUGUCCAGAAUUACAGAAGCAAGCACUUCUUACCAUUCACUCCAUUUGCGAAAAGAGAGAGGAUAAUGUGGAUCUGCUGAGAGAUCUAGGUGGUGUGGCAUUUUUGUAUAAUCUGUCCAAAUCCAGUAAUGUUCAUUCAGAUGUUAAGGAGACUGCUCUCUUUACCCUUGGCACACUAUCUGAGGCUAAUGUGUAUUGCAAGAAUUCACUGUGCAGAAAGGACAUAUUCACCGACAUUGCAAGACAUUUGCAAGAAGACAGCUCACUGAAUAAGAAGAGGGUGUCCGUCUAUUUGCUGUUUGUUCUGGUUGCACACAACAAAUUGGGGCAAACUUUAGCACAAACCACAGGUUGCCUGGAAAUUCUGAUGGACCUUUUCAGGAGCUCUUUCCCCUUCUCAGCAAAAGAUAAUCUGAGAACUGUCAGCCAAACCUACCAACUCUGGGCAUCUGUGUCUAGUGCUCUGUGUGGCUCUGUCAACAAUCCCCAGAAUGAGGAAGGUCAGCGCAUUUGUGUUGCAGCCUUUCCCAUUGUGAAAACAUGGCUUCAGCAGAUUUCUGUGCCCUCUACUGAAACAUUUCAGCCCAUAUGCUCCUUCAUCGCCAUGACAGUUUCCAACAACUCUUAUGUACAGGAGAGAUUUGCUGCCUGUGGAGGUUUGAAAACUCUUACUCUGGCACUGCUUCGUGUUGUGUCUGCUGCAGAUACCAGCUUGCUGUCUCGUCAGCUAUCAGUUGUUAUAGUCAAGACCUUGUCAGCUUGCAUCACCGAUAACCCCAAUCUGGCAGCAGGUUUGGCGCAGUAUGGUAUAGUCUACCACCUUUUCUUUCUGCUGACCAGCUCACACUUAGAUCCUGAUGACAGGCUCUCAGUUCUACUCACCAUUGGGGAGUGCACCGAAGCCUCAGAGGAGCACCAGUCUCAGCUGGUGGAUUGUGGAGGCUUGCCAAUUAUGAUAACUUUUCUCACAGAAGACUCAAGUGAGGAGGUUAGGAAAGCAGCGACUUUCAUACUACAUACUUGCAAAAAGGCCAUGUUGAGCUUGGGAGUGCAGGGUCUGGUGGAAAAGCAAGCUGAAAAUGAGGAACCUCCUUUAAACCUAGAAGAGUUUAAGAAUUCAGCCAGAGAAAUUAUGCGCAGGAUUGAACUGUUAGAGAAAACACAGCUGAAGGUGAUUGGAGAGGAGCAAGAAGACAUUCUUUGUCCAAAUUCAGCUGAACUUCAGCCAUCGAAGCCCCCACCUGUAUGUCCACCAGCCCAGAAACAGGAAGCCAAUCAAACUACCAGCAUACUGAGGCCCAUACACAAGAACAGUGGCGACAACAGCAGCCUCCAACUUGUCAGAAGCAUGGCUGAAGUAAAGAAAGUCACUUCUAGUUGGAUUCCUCAAGGAGAAGAAACCAAAAGGAGUGGAGGAGAAGUGAUGCGUUCUGUGAAAAGUGGAGGACGAAUCGGAAUGUCUUCUGACGUGUGGACAUCAGAGGGAGGCAGUGAGUCACAAAUGAAAAACAAUUCCUUAUUUAAACAUCCCUUGUCAGUGUGGCUGACAAAACCAAAAGAGAUUAGAUGCUGUUAUGAGUCCCAGGGCAGUAACUUAAACGAGAAUUGGAAGAUUCCACCAGAAGAAUACUCUGUCUCUAAUGGUCGAUGUGCAGGCUGUGUGUUGACGUUUGAAGAAGUGACAAGCCGCUCUUUUGCAUCGGUUCAAAGCUCCUGUGUGAACAGCUGCGACAUGCACAGAGUGCUCCAGGAGGCAAUGGAGCGAUUCAGAAUGCAUCACUUUAUCUUUGGGGUCAGGCAAGAACAAAAGAGUGUCACUGCUGAGCAUUCUGACACCAACUCUGCCAGGGUUUCAACAACAAAGUUACACAGAAACUGUGAAAACAUGUGUGCUGGGACUGAUAAAAGUGUUGCUUCUCUGCAGCAACAAUCUUGGAGGAAACAUAAUGGUGUCACUUUGACUCCCCUGUACAAAACAACCAGAAAAGGCACAUUUUCCUCUAAGAAAGGGAUUGGUCCAAGCUUGACUCCCCUAAAAAGGCCACAUCCACGUGAAGCCAACUAUCAAACAUCCGGCUCUGAGAGAAGAGGAAGAAAUAGCAGUGAGCAUUAUGCUAUUAAGGAUCAGUCAAAGAUAAGCACAGACCACUCUUCUUCUAGAAGAAAAAGACAGGACUUCAGCCGUGAGGAGGUCCAUCAUUUGCUCUCUGGAGUAAGGAGAUACGGCUACUCCUGGAACUCCAUCUUGUGGUCAUAUACUUUCCAACCUGGACGCACCAAUGUUGAUCUGGCCAAAAAAUACAGGAGGCUGAUGAGAAAACAGAAGUCAUAAAAAGAUACGAUUUUUAAAAUGAUGUUUAAAUUGCAUAAAAACUUUAUCAUAUCUUCUUAUUUUACUUUGCAACUAUAGAAUGGUAUUAUUCUGUGUAAUCUUACUCCUGCGACUGCAGGUCUUGCCCAGUCAGAAUGUUCCCGUAAAGAUUAGUUGAUUUAAUUGAUCUAUUCAUUCUGUUGCUUUUUAGAAAUUAUACUCAUUUUACAAUAAUUUAUAUAGUAAUAUAUUCUUUAUAGUACUGAAAUAUAUUGUACCAUUAGGAUUUAUUUUGGUUUUAUUACUUCAAGAUCUUCAAGAAAAUCUUCUUCACAAGAAUAUGUUCUAUAAAUAUUGCUUAUCUGCUAAUUUUGUAAAGUUAUUUAUUGGUAUUUAUGUGUUUUUUCAGCGUACUUUUAUAUGCUAGAUAUUUGCUUUUUUAAAAUGUUAUUUAAGAACAUAUCUUCUACCUGUUUGAGGUAUUUGUGAGGAUCUCUCAGAUGAGGCAGUUCAAUUUAUAACCUUUGAGUGAGUUUACACUGUGUACAUUGUGGCAAUAAAAGUUCUGUUCCAACAGUACCCUCAA